AUGGGUCCUCACUCAACAUUGCAUCGAAAUCAGCAAGAUCGAAUAUUUACCAGCACAAAUGCUCAAGGACAAAUUGUAAUUUCUGAUAAAACUAUGUUACCGAGUUUAAUUCGAAUUUAUCGAAUUGGAGAAGCAUCGACACCUGAAAGUUGUGGUGCUGCUUGCAAACGUCGAGGGCGAGGUCACUUUCACCUUGUCGAAUGUCCUGGUGGCGAGUUAUGUCUACAGAAACGAUUUGGUGAUAGUAAAGCUCGUCACUCACAAAUGGUAUACUAUACGAAAGAGAAUCAAGCAAGCACAAGUAUGUAUGAUGAAGUUUUGUGUGCUGCAUACUGGCAAAAUUAUCGAUGGAAAUCGCCUGUAUCUGAUAGUGAUCAAGAACUCAACGCUCUGUGCAACUAUUAUUGUAGUGAACAUGUUGAUUUGGUAAACCAACCAGAGUCAAAGAUAGGAUUCUGUACAUUAAAAGCAUGGCAUGAAGGUGAUCAUAUAUUUGAAUGUCAAGAUAAUCAUCUAAGUAAAGAUGAAUACGAAGGUGUCGAUGUAUGCUUUGUCAUUGGCACGACAACGUCAAUGCGUUCUUUCUUUAAUCAAGUCAAGUCAACAAUUAUUCGCGUCAUCCGAGAGAAUCAAGAGUGCCUGAAAAAAGUUGGCAAACCCACAAGCGAAAUCAAAUUUGGGAUUGUGGCAUAUCGUGAUCAUGUAACGGAAAAGGAGGAAUAUGUUGUUCGAACAUUUCCAUUUUCGACGGCGGAUAUAGCCAUUACCGUCGUGGAAAAUCUCAAAGUUGGUUGGGGCGACGAUUAUCCCGAAGCUGUUCUUGAUGGGCUCGAUGCUGCAAACACGCUCGAAUGGCGUACUAAAGCGGAUCAUCUUUUAUUUCAUGUACUUGAUGCACCACCCCAUGGCCGUCAAUAUCAUAACCGUUCGAAGGAUAAUUGGCCAGAUGGAUGCCCUUGCAACAAAUCGGCCGUAACUAUUUUUAAACAAAUGAAGGAGAACAAGAUAAAGUAUCAUGUCAUGCAUAUCAAUAAUCGUUUGAAUAUGAUGAUUAGAGAAUUCCAAAAACUGAUCCCUGUACAAGUUUUGAUCUUCGAUGAGAAAUUAACAUUUGACUUAGUGGUCAGCAAACGAGUGACACAACAACUCAUCGAUACCGAAUUGACACUACGUAAGCCCACAGAUACAAUAUGA